AUGCGCCGUUACAGAAUCUCUACCGAAAUCCUCAUCCUCAUCUUGGAAAACCUCGAUCCACAGACCUUGUGGCGAGCCUGUCAGGCAAGUUCUGACUUCACACAUAACUCUGCCUUUUCCCGUAUUUAUAAUGUUGUCAUGGAAUUCCAGUCCUUACGGUACCGGUUCGAACUCGCACUGGCUGCGAUGAAAGAUGGACGUGCCCCACGUGCCCAUGCUCCUGCCCUCGCACGUUACCAGCUCCUUUUGUCUUACAAGAAGGAUUGGCCGCGGCUCCGCUGGUCCCAGGAAUCUAGGAUGCAGAUCCCUACGCCUGCCCAGGUGGGCAUGUCCGGAGGCUUCGUUCACAGAAUUCUCACCGAUGGACAACAAUAUUGUCUCGAAUUAUCUGAGCUUCCAUCACACCGAACCGGUCGUCCCUUAACUCGGACCCGACACAUCCGCUUCUCGACGCCUCCCAUCGAAUCUGUCAUGGUCGAUCCCUCGCAGCACCUUCUCGUGACCACGCACCUCUUCAGCUUAGGAGGCGUGGUGGCUAUUCAGAUCCAUUUGCGCGACCUGUGGACCUUUGCGAAACAUAGAUGGGCUCCCGCACUCGCUUACGAGUUCAGCACCCAAUCUGCCGGUAGGGUCUCGCACAUGUCACUCCAGAUCUGUGGAUCCAAACUUGGUAUCUCCAUGGAGUUUGCUACAGGACAGGUCAAGCACCUUGUUAUGGACUGGCAUACUCUUCACGCCCGCUGGUUCGAGGAGGGCGAUAUCUUAUUCUUAAACGAGACUUGCAUGCUCGUCUCAGCGAAAUAUCAUGGCAGGCCCGCGCUCAAUCUAUACAACAUAACCGACGUCGCGAACGUCACCAAUAUGCGCGAUUACGAGUUCCCCGAGGUGUGGGCUAACGCGGCCAUCACUUUCUCAUCUAACAGUUCCCCGCCAUCUGAUGCCGUUGCCAACCCCGAUGCUUUGUUCUACCCCGAUCCGGCCGCUCGUCUUCUCAUGCUCAAUGUAAACCUCAGCGGGGCCUCUAACCCCCGGCAGAGUAGCCACACCAAAGGUCCCUCCGUCUGGUUAUUCGCCAACGAGUCUUAUUUCAGACCCCCAACUUCCAGGCGAGACUCGGUCCGCGUUUCCUGGAAGCACUGGAGCCAACACUGCUACAUCCGCAAUGUGCAGCCGUCCCCCUUCCUCCGUGGCCCGCACGUUGUUGGCACGAAGGUUCUAUACUUAGACGCCGAGCCUGUCCAGCUUUCAAGGAACGAGAUGGGUAGCAGGCCUGCUACCAUCCCACGCUUGGUGCUCAUCGAUUUCAAGCCAUUCUCCGACCCAGCCAACCCACCAGCGAAGACAUGGACCAUGGGCGGCAAGACAACUAUGGUGCCCUACGAGUCUACGAGGGAUAUCCCCUACACCACUAUAGAUAAUCUCAACAUAGACGCAGUUAGAAUGAAUGAGGACAAUAUUGUAUUAAUCAUGGAAUUACGCCAAGGGAUGCGCAAUCUUAGUAUCUUAACGUUUGGCACACCUCCGGUGCCUCGUCCCCGACACAAGUAA